AUGCUCAAAUUAUUUGAAAGUUACUUGGCCUUGCAAGAUUUAGAAAAGAAGAGGCAAUUCUUAUAUAAGCAUUUAAAACCUAUCAAAGUUAUGUACCGCUAUGUCCAAGCAAAAAAUCCACGAAAAGAGAAUUAUGCUUUCUACUUUGAAGUUGAAGGUGUAUUGAAACGGGUUUGCAAAACCAUGGUUAAAAAUACCUUGGAUAUUAACGACAGACCCAUCAGAACUGUAAUAGACAAAUCGGAGGGAGUGUUUUUGAAAGGAGACCAAAGAGGGAGGCGUAAGAAACACUUUACAGUUUGCGAAACUAUUAAAAAUAAAAUUAGAGUUCAUAUAAAAUCAAUACCUAAAAUAGAAAGUCAUUACUUGAGGGCACAAAUUUCACGUGAAUAUAUUGACGGAGGAAAGACCAUUACUGAUCUCCAUAGGGAUUAUGUGGACCAGUGCAAACGAGAUGGUUGUUGA